AUGAGCAACGAAAACAUGUAUUCUAGUGAUCUCUUUUAAUCUACAGUGAUGUCUAAGUCAUAUUAUUAAGUCUUACAAGACUCAAAUUUGAUUGAGUCAUAAGUACUUUAACCAGUUUAUCAAAUGGCUACAUCUCAAUACAUUACUCCAUCAAUGUAUAAACCUAAAAAGAUGGAAUUAUUUCAUUAAUUAGAUGAUGAACAUGACUCAGAAGAUGAAGGAAUAGAAGAUUAUAAAAUUGGUGGCUAUCAUCCUGUACAUGUUGGAGAAGUACUUUAAAAUAGAUAUGUGAUAAUUUAAAAAUUAGGAUGGGGUCAUUUCUCAACUGUAUGGUUAUGUAAGGAUUUUAAAUUUGAUACUUAUGUUGCAAUUAAAGUAUAGAAAUCUGCAGAAAAUUAUUUGGAAGCUGCUUAUGAUGAAGUGGAAAUAUUAUAAAAAGUAGCUUAAAAUGUUACUAAUUAAAAAUGGAUGGAAAAAUUAAAAUAAUAUAAACCUAAUUAAAGAUUGAAUAGAGAUGAUAGUCAUGUAGUGCAAUUAUUAAAUUCUUUUGUUUAUAGAGGACCAUAUGGAUGUCAUUUUUGUAUGGUUUUUGAAAUCUUAGGAGUUAAUUUAUUGGAAAUAAUCAAAAGAUUUGAAUUUAAAGGAGUUCCAAUGAAAUUAUGUAGAAAAAUAGCAAAAGAAGUAUUAAUAGGUUUAGAAUUCUUACAUGAAUAAUGUGGAGUAAUUCAUACAGAUUUAAAACCUGAAAAUGUAUUACUUCAAUUGUCUUAAGAAGAAAUUAAAGAUAUUAUUGAAAAUGGUUAAUUAACAAGUAAUUAGAUUUUUAAAGAACGUUUGGAAUUUUAUCAUUAACUUUUUGAUAUUAAAAAAGAAGAACCAGUCAAAUUAGAUGAUAAUUUAUAAUUAAUUAAAACUGAAUCAAUUAAAACUACAGAAGGAAUAAUAACUGAUUAAUAAUAAUAAUAAUAAUAAUAAUAAUAAUAAUAAUAAUAAUAAUAAUAAUUAACUAAAAAUCAAUUAAGAAAUUUAUAAAGAAGAUAAAAGAAAAAAUAAUAAAAAUUAUAAAAAUAAUAAGAAUUUGAAUAAAUUGAUGAAAACAAUAAAAUUUCAGAUAAAGAAAAUAAUGAAAUGAUAUAAUAACAUUAAAAUUAAUAAGAGAAUCAAAAAGACAAUAAUAAUCUAUUUUAAAUUGAUAAGAAAUCUUUAUUUAAAUAAAUUUAAAAGAAUGAUUUUUCUGUUAAAGUAGCAGAUUUAGGUAAUGCAUGUUGGACUCAUCAUCAAUUUUCUACUUUAAUUUAAACUAGAUAAUAUCGAUCUCCUGAAGUUUUAAUUGGAACUAGAUAUAAUGCUACAGCUGAUUUGUGGAGCUUUGCUUGUAUGUUAUUUGAAUUGUUAACUGGUGAUUUUUUAUUUGAACCUAGAAAGGGUGCAAAUUUUUCAAAAAAUGAUGAUCAUUUAGCUUAAAUUUAAGAAUUAACAGGCAAAUUUCCAUUAUAAUUUUCUUAAAGAGGUCUAAAAUCUAAGAGAUAUUUUAAUAAAGAAGGAAAUCUUUUAAGAAUACCAAUUUUAAAUUGUUGGUCAUUAACAGAUGUUUUAAUUGAAAAGUAUAAAUAUAAUCCAAAAGAAGCUAAAGAAUUAGGUAUUUAUUAUAAUUUAAUAAUUUAGCUUCUUUUUUAGAACCAAUGCUUAAUCCAUAUCCAGAAAAAAGAGCUACUGCAUCUUAAUCUUUAAAACAUUCUUGGUUAAAAAGUGAAAGUGAAGGUAUUAAAAUGAAUGAAGAGUAAUUCAAAGAAUAUAAAGCUAAAAGAGGAUUGAUUGAAUUUAAAAAAGUAAUUUAAAAUAUAAAAAUAUUAGGAAAUUGAAAGUGAGGAAGAAUAUGCUGAUAGAAGUGAAUCACCAAGAGUUAUAUUACCAUUAUCUACUAGACGUAGACAUCAUAUUCAACCAAGAGUUGUGGAAAGAAAGGAAAUAGAUAGAUCAUUUACUGAUUUAGGAUAUAUAGGAUUUGGGAAUGGAAUCGAGAUAGAUUUAUUAGAUUCUACAGGGAAUUGGCAAUUUAUUAAUUGAUAUA